CAAGUGAAUCCGCCCAUCUGAUCAGCUGUCUCCAAACCGGCCAUCAAGUGCGAGCACAGAACUGCGGGCUCCAGUUCGUUCUGCGUUAUUAUCUUUAUUUAGCGCUGUCAGGAAUCCACACGAGCCGGUUCAUGAAUGGUGAAAAGUGAAGGCCUAAAAACACUAUUCUCUUUGUUGUAAUGUAAUCUGCACUCACGCCUUUGACGAAAAUGGCUUUGAUAGCAUUUCGACUAUUGUUCACGCUUGUACUGGAGUAGGCUACCAAUGACAAGGCUGGUAAAAUUAGAAACAGGAAGUUCGUCUCCGUUGUUUCGUCUUUGGUUUUUUAAAAUGAUUUAUUUACGUGUUUUUUUAUAUAUUAUUAGGCACUCAACGCGGGGCUGUGUACUGUUUCGGCUCUGAUGACAGCAGUGCGUCAUCCGAGUGGACGUCAUCACCUUGAAUUAGAGAUAUUACCUUUCUGACAAGCCUGUCUUGUCUGACCUUGUACAAUUUUUAAAACAGCACUGACAAAUAAAUAAAUAUAUAUUGCCGCUGCCAUUCUACACUUUUAAUUCUGCAGUCGAGGUCAGAGAAAGUAACGAGCGCUGCGGCGGUAUUUGUGUGCUGUGUUGAAUAGCGGGGAAGAGAUCCGUCAUUAUACAGCUACCGUUAGCCAGCUAGCACUUGUCAUCUAACUUUCGUCUGUUACUUUAUAACAAGCAUUCGGGAAUAAAUUGCUUGUGUAACCUUGCCCAACCUCAAGAUACGCGUGCACGCCCCGACAAGUCAUGCAGCAACCGGGGACAAACGAGGAGGCCCAGGUCGAUGUGCAUUUCACCGACCUCCCCAACGCGCUUAUCGCCUGCAAAGUAAACGAGGAUGUCUUCAUUGAUCAACAGUUAAAGGCCGGGUUCGAGGCCCUGUUUCGUGCCUUCGAUGGCGGCGCCUCCUUCCAGUUCUUUAAGAGCUUCCGCCGCGUGCGCGUCAGCUUCUCGCACGCCAUGGCCGCCGCGGAGGCACGCGCUCAGCUGCACAAGAGCGUCUUCCACGGCAAGGAGCUGCGGCUCUACUUCGCACAGUCUGUGCAUAUCGGGAGCCCCCGUUUGGAGCCCCCCAAGCCUGAUAAGCAGUUCCUGAUCUCCCCCCCAGCGUCCCCCCCUGUGGGCUGGGAGCAGGCCCAGGACGCCAAGCCCGUCAUCAACUACGACCUGCUGUGUGCAGUCUCCACCUUGGCGCCAGGUGAAAAGUACGAGCUACACACAGGUACUCCCACCACCCCCAGCGUGGUGGUGCACGUGUGUGAGGCGGAGCAGGACAGCUCAGGAGGUGAGGAAGAGGAUGGCCCCAGGCCCCGCCCCAAAAUCAUCCAGACGCGCCGACCAGAGUACAGUCCCACGGUCCUGCAAUGACACCCCGCUCCCUCUAAUGCUGCAGUGUGCGUCUGUACCACCGGGGGGCGCCAGCCCCUGCAGGACACCACCACUGGAGGGAGCCCAGGAGCAGAGCAUCUCUCUCAGCUCACAGCUUGUUAUGACUGUGUGUGCUUAACACUGUGGGCUGGCAGCAGGAAGCACACUCUGACCUCUGACCUUUCACUCAUCUGCUGUCACUCGCUGCAUCUGUGAGCCACAGUGCGGGAGAGCAGGGCCUGUGUGUGUGUCUGUCUGUAUGUGUAUGUCUGUGUGUGUGUCUGUCUGUCUGUAUAUGUGUGUGUGUGUGUGUGUCUCUGUGUGUUUGUCUGUCUGUAUGUGUGUGUGUGUGUGUCACCUGGCUUUUUUCUGUUUUAUAAAUGACUUGGUUUUGUUUUAGAUGCUGGAGGACAGGCUGACAGACAGUGUAGUUUUAUUCACACCUGUUAUUUUACCUGGUUAAUGUACCGGUACCAUCCCUACCUCUAUGCAACACCCCCUCCUCCCUCCCUGUGUUUCAUAUUUAGCCUCUAAAACCUGGAGCCUCUCACCUCGCAGGCACAGGUGUGUUAAAUGUAAGGAAAUUUAAAUUGUCUGUCCUCUCAAAUGCUUGGGAGCAAUAACAACAUGCAAACAGCAGAGGGCAGCAGAGAAAAUCAUACACAGCCUGACUUGGCCCGAUUUCACAAACUCUUUACUCAACAGCUAAAGGGCUAAAAAUAAGCAUCAUAUACAUUUAUGUAGUUAAUGAACAGACAUGCGUGAGCUCAGAUGUGUGAUAAUCUGCUCAUCUGCUCAGCUCUUCGCCCUGGUCCUGUGCCCUGUCGUAUGACAUUGGCUCUGCUGUUUUUGACUGUGAUUGGUCAUUCUGCACACUGGUCUGAUUGGCUCAUUCAGAAGGCUUCUGUCAUGGGGUAAUGCUGGGAAGUGGAGUUCUGGGGUAGAGGAAGGCUGUGCUGUGCGCUGAGUGCGUGCUGCUUCUCCCCUGUAGAUCUGUGAGCAGGACUGCUAGCAUACUGUACACCACUCUCCUGUACUGUAUAUAUUUGUAUAUAUGUAUAUGGCUGGGACUGUUCUCUUGCGCGGGAACAAACGGAUCAUUGUGUCCAUGUCACUCCUUCUGUCCUUAAUCCAUUUGACUGACGCAUUAAAGAAACGUCACUUUCA